UGAGGGGAAGAAGGAAAGACUAGAGUUUGACCCAAAAGUCUUCUCUUCUCCCAAAGCUUCUUUGUCCUAAAAAGAUUACACGUGUCCUUACUCUCUCUUCAUAUAUAAACCUUUUCUUCUCUUUUAGUUUUCAACUUCAAAUUUCAACUCCAUUCCCAUUCUCCGAUUCCCAUUCCCAACUCUUUCCGGGAAUCUCUACUGUGUAUUACCACCGAUUCAUCGCUGAUUCUUUCUCUUCCUCUUCAAUCUUUCACCAUACUUGGACCUGUAAUCGGUUUAUAUGUUUUGUGCUCUGAUGAACAACUUUGAAAUCGUUCUUCUUUUCUUUCUUGUGUUUUUAUCUUCUUUUUCUUCUGUGUUUUGAGUGAGAAACUUUAAGGAAUCGGAUUUAGAACUGUUGUUUUUGGGUGAAGAUGAAGCUUUGGAACUGUUUAUUUUCUUUACCCUAGGGUUAUCUGAACUCCGGUAUGGAAGUGGUUUUGUUGAACUAGAAGGGACUGUGAAUUUGAUUAAAUUUGGAAGUUUUUUCGAUUGUGAAUAGUAUUGUGUAAUUUGUAUAAUUGAUGGUUUGGGUAAUUUUUGCAUUUCUGUAACGUUGGAGAGAUUUUGAGGUUUAAUUUAGUAGUCCGUAGUAUGGAUAUCGAUUCUGUGGGUAAGGGAGAUGGUGAUAUUGGUAGCUGUUUGGAUCCUGAACUGUUGAUACUUCCAGAGUUAUCUCCUUUGGCUUUAAAAUCAAACCCUUCAAUUGCUGAUGAUUUGUUUGAUCAAUGGCUUUCUCUUCCCGAAACUGGACGACUGGUGAAGUCUUUGAUUGAUGAUGCGAAGGCAGGCAAUCCCAUAAAUGCCAUUGGGAACUCGAACACUGCUGGGAGCCAUACCACGCCUUCCAUGUUCCCUGCUGCCAGUACUCCUCCACUAUCUCCAAGAAGUUCAUCUGGUUCUCCACGUUUUUCAAAGCAACGAAGCAGUCCUCCUCUUGGUUCUCCACUUAAGUUAGUCACUGAACAAGUUCGAGAAGUCAUUCCUCAGUUCUAUUUCAAAAAUGGCCGUCCACCGCCAAAGGAACUAGAGCAACAAUUUUUCUCUAGGAUUGAUGACUUUUUCAACAAUCAUCCAGAUGGAUUGCGAUUGCAUGAAUUUAAGCCGCUUACAAAGGAAAUAUGCAAGCUGCCAACAUUUUUCUCUUCCGUACUUUUCAGGAAGAUUGACACGGAUAGCACAGGGAUAGUGACCAAGAAUGGGUUCAUAAAAUACUGGGUUGAUAGCAAUAUGCUGAUUAUGGAUACUGAGACUCAGAUUUUUAAACUUUUGAAGCGGCAGAAUUGCAAUUAUAUUUCUCAGGUUUACUUCAAACCUGUUCUUCAAGAGCUUUUGGCAACCCACCCUGGGUUGGAGUUCUUAAAGGGCACACCUGAAUUUCAAGAAAGAUAUGCUGAAACAGUUGUAUAUAGAAUAUUUUACUACAUCAAUAGAGCAGCAAAUAGCCGUCUUACCCUUAGGGAGCUAAAGCGAGGAAAUUUGAUUGACGCAAUGCAGCAUGUAGAUCAGGAGGAGGAUAUCAACAAAGUUCUGAGAUACUUUUCAUAUGAACAUUUUUACGUUAUAUACUGUAAAUUCUGGGAGCUGGACACGGACCAUGAUUUCUUCAUUGACAAGGAGAACCUCAUAAGAUACAGUAAUCAUGCCCUUACCUACAGGAUUGUCGAUAGAAUAUUUUCACAGGUCCCACGGAAGUUUACUAGCAAGAUUGAAGGGAAAAUGGGCUAUGAAGAUUUUGUUUAUUUUAUGCUGUCAGAGGAGGACAAGUCUUCUGAACCAAGUCUUGAGUACUGGUUCAAGUGCAUCGAUUUGGACGAGAAUGGAGUCCUGACACCGAAUGAAAUGCAAUUCUUUUAUGAAGAACAGCUGCAUCGUAUGGAAUGCAUGGGCCAAGAACCUGUUUUAUUUGAGGAUAUUUUAUGUCAGAUUGUUGAUAUGAUUUCACCAGAGAAGGAUGAUGCUAUAAUGCUACGAGAUUUGAAAAGAUGCAAGCUUUCAGGAAAUGUCUUCAAUAUCCUUUUCAAUCUGAUAAAAUUUAUGUCAUUUGAGAGCCGUGAUCCGUUUCUCAUCCGACAGGAACGUGAAGAUCCAUCUUUAACAGAGUGGGACCGAUUUGCACACAGAGAGUAUAUCAGGCUCUCUAUGGAAGAAGAUGGCGAAGAUGCCUCAAAUGGAAGUAUAGAAGUUUGGGAUGAAUCACUUGAGGCCCCAUUUUAAGUUCAAUGACAGAUGAGUCUUUUCUAAAGAUGGCUAUAAGAAAACUGUUUGACACAUCUUGGGACAUUGUUCCUCUAGUGAAAAGGAAAACCGCUCCAUGGAACGAACUACUCAUCAUCAUCAGGGGUCACAAACUCCCUUUUGCUCACAUUCAAGCAAAAUAUACGGAGUGUCGAGUAUGAGGGGCGAUGGUGAGAACUCAUUGUUGCCUUUCUUUGACGAUUAUUAAUAUCCCAACGAGGUAUAAACAGUAGUAGUCCGUUACUAUUGUAAUCACAUCAGCUAUGUACGCCAUUCAUUCCAAAAGCCAGGUUUAUCGCCGGUCUUCUUCUUGUUCUCUCUUUUUUCAGCUUCUCUUUAUAUGAUGUUAUUGUUACUCGUGGCAGUGUCGUGUUGUGUCGUGUCGUGCCUUGUCUCCUUGAAAAUUUUACAGAGGUUCGUAUGAGUUAGAAGUUAUUUCAUUGGAUUUGUUUAUAUGUGAAAAAGAAAAAUAGCUUGAAAAGGAAAAAACAUGAGUUGAAACUCUUUUUUGUCCCUUGCAUAUAUUAACCAAAACAAUAAUAUUGUCCAUUAUUUC